AUGACCUCUCUCGCCUGUCAGCCUGGUGUCUUCCCCAGCUCUCCGUACCAGACCUUCCCUCAGUCCUAUUACCAUGAACAUCCAGGUUACAUGGCUCCGAUGACCCCACAGAGCACCUUUGGGACCCAGUCGGCCUACCAGGGCAGGCUCGAAGGGCCCCCAGGGGCCUCGUACCCACCAAAACACGCAGUUUACGUGGUGGAUCAGCAGCAGGAUCGAGGCGGCGGCAGGAAGUCGUGUCUGGCGGCGUGCUCGACUCUCCUGUGCUGCUGCUGCCUCUGGGACCUGCUGACUCAGCACCUGUGCUGA